AUGACUGAAAACUCUGAAAGUGCAAAUUGGAUUCCUUUACCAAAGUUUGGUUAUGGCUUUGCGAUCUAUCCUUUUACCCCUGGCUCACGGAAUAAUUCUUCAGAUUCAACAAAAGAUGAACCAGUAUCUGAUGGUGUUACUAUUUCUGAUGCUACAUCAAUUUCUUCCACUAAUUCAAUUGCAAUUUCAAAUUCUCCGAUUACUUCAUAUCAAGUUACACUCGAAAUAGGUGAUGAAGUCUAUGUUUUUGAGGAACAGGGUGCAUGGUAUCGUGGUUAUGUUGUUUCUCAAUUACGUCAAACCGAGGAACCUCAAGUUUAUGUUGGGAUUUUUCCUGUUAAUCAUGUUUAUAUUAAAGAAUAUCUUGAUUAUGUUGAAUUACAAGCGGCUGAACUAAAAAGUAAUGAUGCGGCUUCUUCUAAUAGUGAAAAAAAUACUCGUCCGCCUCCACCUUUACCAUCUCUUGAAUGUGGCGAUGAUACUAUCAGUGGGAAAACUGAACCACUGGUUGAUGAAAUAGCUAGUACUGUUAGAGAAUGGAGUAGUCUAUUACCUAAAUAUUUAGAUGAACGAAAAUAUUCAAUGUUUAGAACUGUUAAAGAUCAAAUAAAUGAUUUAUUACAAGGACGUAGGCAAUUACUUGCUCAAACUCUAUCUCAAGACGAACUGAGUAAAUUGAGAAAAGAACUUAUUAAUAAACUUGUUGCUGGUAACUUAAUUCAAGAUUUAGAUAUUAUUGUAAGAGAUCCAGAAAGAGGUUUCCUGGCUGAUGAAACAAAUAUAUCUGCCAUUCGUCUUUAUCAGUUACAAGCUCAAUUGUCACUUUUAAACAUGGAUAAAGCAAAAUCUGAUUCCCUACUAAUGAGCCCCACCAUAACGGGCCCUUUACAAUCUUUACAUAAUCCUACAUCAACUGACUCAAGUAGUCAUACUCCAAAGUUCUAUCACGUUUUUUUGGAUUUGAAAGCUUGGGUUGCGUCAAUAUCUUCUCCUGGUGAAUUCACCGAAUUGUAUUUUUCAUUAUAUACUAAAGCCGAUUCUCGAUUUAUAACAGAGGAAUACUUAAUUGUGCUAAAUCAUAACGGUGUACCGAAGGAUGAAGCAAAAAUUGGAAAAAUUAGGACUCUUUUUACUGACCUUUCUCCUCAUGAUAUUCAAGAACAAAUUUAUUUACUCUGUAGAAUAGUAAGAACUGGAAGUAUGAAAAUGGUUGAUAAAGAUCUACCUAAGGAAACCGGUGCGAUGACAUCAUUAAAAUUUUCAAAAACUUCGGAUAAUUCGGAUCAACAGUCAUUAUACUCUAUUAAAUCCUCACCUCAGACAUUUCGCCGACCUUUUGGUUGUGCUGUUCUCGAAAUUAGUCAUCUUCUUCAAGGUAAAGAAAAAGAGACAUUUAGUGAACAUGUAAUGCAAAUAUAUGUUCCUGUCCAAGAAUCAACAUUCGCUACUCUUCACGAAGAUAUAAUCCAUAACCGUAUCAAAGAAUUCGAAAGAUCUCCAAGAGCUGAAAUGAUUAGUGUUUCCAUUCGUCCUUAUUAUGGAGAGACCGCUACUAUAAUAAAAGAAAAUACUGCUUUACUUCAAGAUAUUCCUAUCACAUCACGUCUUGGUUUUGCAGAUGUUGUAUUCCCCGGAGAUACACGAAACGAAAUUUACAUUAGGUUUUUGUCUGGAGAUUUUACACAAGGACGAGCUGCUACUUCAAGAAAUAUACAAAUUACGGUUGAAGUCAAGUUAAACACAGGCGAAACGUUAGAGAAUGCAAUCUCUCAGGGUUCUGGUGAACCUCUGAUUACACAUUUCGAUUCCUUAGUUUUUUACCAUUCUAAUAAUCCCACAUGGAGUGAGCUUAUUAAACUGGACAUCCCUAUAGAGUUAUUUGAAAAAGCACAUAUAUUUAUGACUUUUCGCCAUCGUUCAACAAAAGAUAAAAAAGAAGAUAAAAUUUUUGCUUUUGCAUAUAUGCCUUUGUUUCAAGAAAAUCAAGCAUUCAUUAGUGACGGAAAACAUAAUAUUGUUUUAUAUAGAUAUGAUAAACAAAUGAUAAACCCAUCCAUAUAUCUAAAUGCACCAUGGUCUCCUUCUGCUACAGCAUCAGAUUCUGCUUCAAUACAUUCGGUUUCAAACUCACAUUCAACGCAUAAAUUAACGCCAUCUUCCAAAGAUAUUAUUUCAAUUAAGACGUUUUUAUGUUCGACAAAGUACACACAAAACGAAGUCCUUCUCAAAUUAUUGAAUUGGGAAAAACAAUUAGUAUCAGAUAUGAAUGAAAUGAUGUCUGUACUGAAGAAAUUCACUUUUGUUGGUGAAGUUGAAAUAGUCAAGUUUCUUCAGGAUAUUUUUGAUGCAUUAUUUGGAAUUUUAGUUUCAACAAUAAAUCAACAAGGUGAACUUGAUGACUUGAUAUUUAAUGCCUUAGUAACUAUUCUUGGAAUUGUUUCUGACCGAAGGUUUAUGAACUUUAGACCUGUGCUUGAUGUAUAUAUUGAAAAACAUUUUUCUUGCGCACCUGCUUCAUCGAGUUUGAUUCGUUCAAUGAAUCGUCUUGUUUCUGAUCCCGCAACUCCAGAGAAUGCUCAAAACUUACGCUCAGCUAUAAAAGUAUGGCAAUAUAUUUUUAAAAUAAUAGUACGAUCCAGAGAAUUGCAACGAGCAAAGGAAACAAAUAUGGGACUAUCGGGUGAUUAUGUUGAAGAACAAUUUAAAAAAGGAUUACAUGACCUUUUCAAGAGCAUAGAUAGACUUAUGUCCAUCACAACGCCGCAAUCAAUAAUCGGAACACAAACGUUAGCUUUGCAACAUUUUGCUUCUAUAUUCGUGGAUCUUGGAAAAUGUUUCGAUCCAGCAGACCUCGUACAAAUUGCUAUCCGUUUUACUGAAUCGGUGAGAUUGCCCAAAGGAAAACUAUUGGCAUAUAAAUUAUUGGUUAUUCUUCAGUUUUGCCGUGGUCCUCUGUUUGAAAACGCAGAGUCUCGUGCAACACUUUUGCGUAGAGUCACAGAAUGGGUUACAGAUCAUAUGGGUAAAUGGGAAAAAACGGGAAAAAUAAAUGAUGAUAAUGAAGCUGCGCGAAUGCAAUGGCAGGAUGGAAUUCGAUUAUGUGUGGCCAUUAUUGCGGUUAUGCUCGAAAGCUUACAAUGUUCUAUUGAAAAAACUAAAGAAGAUAAUGGUAUACAGAAAGAGAUUGAAAAUGUACGCGUGAUUCUCCCUCUCAUGAUGAAACUUUGUGAAUCAUAUAGAGAAUUGUAUUUUGCUAGUAAUGAAGUUCACCCACCAAGAGAGAGGACCGGAAGUGGUGUAAUGGUAUCACCGGCCAUAUUUAAUUUAGCAUAUCCAUUUUCCAGUGUAACUCCGACUUAUAUAAAUGGAUCAAACAAAUAUUCAAAAGAUCUUCAAUUUAGUCCUUUUCUUAAUCCGCAAAGCUCAAUUAAUACUGGAUUGGGAGAAAUAGCUGCUGUGAUAUUGCAAAUUAUGUAUCUAUUAUCACAAGAUCAUCUGAAAGAGCAUCUACUCUCAACAUAUUAUAGGGAAGGACAUGAUGCCACUGCAGAAUUUUUAAUUUUAUUAUUCCAAGUUUGUAGAUCCGUUUUGUUAAAUGAAGCUUUCCCAGAAUCUUGGUUGAAUAUGAAUAUAAUGGCUCAUAAAGUGUUUUUGAAAUUUCUCGAACCAAUAUCUUCUUUAUUAGAGAAGAAUUAUAUUCCAGACAAAGAGGCACCAGAUACAUUUAAUGAACAGUUGUGGCGAGAAUAUUUCAAUUGCUUAUUAAGUUUGCUUACCAGUAAACAUUUAGUAAUUGAAAAUUUUACCCCACAGAAACGUCGUGCUAUAUGGAGAUUGGCUAGAGAUCUUCGUGGACAAGGAGCAAAAUUAUUAUCAACUCUAUGGGAUGCCAUAGGAUGGGAACAUGGAAAAGAGGGUAAAAUGGGUGGCUAUCAAAGUCGAUUCAUUAAUACUUUAAUUGGACCAAUUUUGGAACUGUGCUUAUCUCAUCAUGAUGAGUUGCGCACGGCUGCAAUUAAAGUGUUGUUUAGCAUGAUUGUUACACAAUAUUCGCUAGAUGAAGAUUUCAAACAGAUGGAAUCUGAUAUAAUUGACAUUCUAGACAAAUUAUUCAUGUCAGAAAAUAAAGGUGAUGAAAUCUCUCAUACAUAUUUUAUUGCACAAUUACGUAAAUUAUUUGAAGAGGCAUCAGUUGAUACUUCAUUGCGAGAAACUGUCAUGAAAUUCUUAGACUCUCUUAGUGAAUUUUUGGAACUAUUACUUGGUGUCCGCGAAUUACCUGAUGGUGAAGAAUUCCAGGAUGAUCGAAUAAUGUGUACCCUCAAAUUGAUGAAAUUUAUAAAGUCCAUUGACAGAGAUCAAAUUUAUAUCAAAUAUGUUCACCAACUUGUUCAAAUGCAAUUUAAUUAUCAUAACUAUGUAGAGGCUGCCUUGACUCUUAAGUUACAUUCAGAUUUGUACGAUUGGGAUCCCAAUCAUGAAGUGGAAGCAUUACCUGAUCUGAACUUUCCGAAACAAACGCCAUUUGAUCGAAAAGAGCGGUUAUAUAUUCAAAUUUUGGAUUAUUUUGUUAAAGGUAAAGCAUGGGAAUGCGGGAUAGAAUUAUGUAAGGAAUUGGCCUAUCAAUUUGAAUUCACUACGUAUGACUUUCAACGUUUAAGUAAUAUCCUUAAACAGCAAGCGGUAUUACACGAAAAUAUUAUAAAGAAAGAACGAUAUUUUAGUGAAUAUUUUCGGGUAGGGUUUUAUGGCCGAGGAUUUCCUGCAAGUCUACAAAAUCGACAAUUUAUUUAUCGAGGAUAUGAAUGGGAAAAAAUUGGUGCAUUUUGUGAAAGAAUGCAAAAUAAACAUCCUCAAGCUCAACUAUUAAAAUAUAAUAGUACUCCAACCGAUGAAAUUCUUCAUGGAGAUGGUCAAUUUAUACAAGUAACUGCCGUGAUGCCAGAACCUGAUAGAAAUGCACCCGUUUUUAAAGGGAGUGUACCAUCAGCUAUUCGUUCAUAUUACGAACACAAUUCAAUAAAUACUUUUAGUUUUUCACGACCUGUUAACAAAAACCCAGAUGGUGUGAAAUCAACUAAUGAAUUUUUGGACUUGUGGACCGAAAAAACUAUAUUGGUCACUGAGGAUCAUUUUCCCACUGUACUUAGACGUUCAGAAGUUAUUCAAGUUACUGUUACUGAAGUAUCACCGAUAGAAAAUGCUGUUGCUGCCAUGAAAGCGAAAAAUCGGGAAUUGUUAACUCUUGAAGCUAAAUAUAAUGCAUAUAUCACUUCAUCAAAAGUUGUAGAUAAAAUUAAUACCAAUCCUUUAUCAAUGUCUUUAAAUGGUGCUGUGGAUGCACCUGUUAAUGGUGGUGUGCCAAUGUAUAAAAAAGCAUUUUUCAGUUCAGACUUUUUAACAUCUAAUCCAGAUAAGGAAUCAUUUGUAAAUGCUUUAAAGGAGGCAAUUGAAGAACAGGUCUUCAUUAUUGAUAGAUGUUUAGAUAUUCAUGAACGUCUUGUUUCCAUGGAAAUGCGCCCUUUGCAUGAUACGCUAGUUAAAUUUUUUCAUAGGAAUUUUGCGGAAGAGAUCUAUAGAUUAUCAGAACGUAAAAAAGCAAAAGCUCAAGCAGCUUCUAAAUUAACUAUAUCGCCCAAUACAAUUGCACCAGUU